AUGGCGGAAGACCGCAGCUGGAUGUACACGGGCCGCCAGAGCCGGAAGAAGUUCACCCCCGAGUGGUUGGAGAAGACGACCGAGUUCGUGGAGCGCGCCUUCCGCAUCCUCCCGCCGGGGCGCCAGGCCUUCGUGCUGUGCCCCUGCGCUCGCUGCGAGUUCAGGCUGUACAGAUCGAAGGACGAGAUUCAGCUGCAUCUGUUCAAGAACGGGUUCGCGCCAGGGUACACGGUGUGGGUGUACCACGGCGAGCGCCACAACCCCCAGCCUGCUAAGCCGUCCGACGACCACCCCAAAGAGAAUGGCGAUCUCAACGGGAAGAAGGAUGGCGCCGGCGGUGGCGAGCAAGCGUCGAAAUCAGCGCAGGGGACCAAGAAGUGGGUGUGUGCAAGAGGCAAGCCACCAAAGAAGGAUCAACUGUGGGCGCGGGCUGCGGCGCAGGGAGAGGGAGGCCCGGCGACGAUGGCGGAAGACCGCAGCUGGAUGUACACGGGCCGCCAGAGCAUGGGGUCGAUCACCCCCGAGUGGGUGGAGAAGACGACCGAGUUCGUGGAGCGCGCCUUCCACGGCGUCCCGCCGGAGCGCCAGGACGUCGGCAUGCUGUGCCCCUGCGCGCGCUGCCGCAACCGCAACAGGCGGCCGAGGACCAAGUACGCCAUGCAGCUGGAUCUGGGAAGGAACGGCUUCAUGCCAGGGUACACGGUGUGGGUGCACCACGGCGAGGGCCACAACCCCCAGCCUCCUAAUCCGUCCGACGACCACCCCGGCGAAGAGAAUCUUGACGGGAAGAAGGAUGGCGCCGGUGGUGUAGAGCAAGUGUCGAAGACGCAGGGGACUAAGGAGUGGGAAAUGCCCUUGCUUGAGGCGUAUGCAAGAAGCAAGCUACCAAAAGAGGAUCAAAUUAAGUGGAGCUACCAAAAAUACCUGUGGGAACAAGAGAAAAUCAAGCAGCAGCAGCAGCAGAGUGCACCAAAGACACUGCCAUUGCACACCUCUGGUUCGCCCACUGCCAAGCCUGCUGAAGAUGAAGGGCGCAAUGUCAGCGUGCCGGAGCCUGAACUUGAAGAUACGGCAACGUCAACAGCUGAUGGCCCUGCAGCUAAUCCGGCAACGACAGCCAACGCGCGUGGAGUUCAGAUCCCAGCUGCACCGACGGCUCGUCCCAAGCGCAAGGCAGGCCCGCCCGGGUGGCAUUCCGUGUAA